UCUUCUUGUGUAACCAAUCAGAGAGAAAGAGAAAGAGAGACCAAUUCCAACGUUUCAAAUCGAAUUGAAUUGAAUAGAAUAGAACAUGUCUUGCUCCGUCGCAGUUUCCAAUUCUCCAGUGUUCUCUCCUCCGUCGUCGCUAUUCUACUCCAAGCCUUCAAUCAUUACUUCAAUUUCUGCUGCUGCGGCUUCUUCUACGGCGUCGUCUUGCUCUUCUCCCGCUUCUUCUUCUUCUCCUUCUCCUUCUUCUCCUUCUUCGUCGCCGUUGCGUCUUCGUCUUCCCAAGCCGCCUAUUCCCGCUUCGCUUUCCGGUGUUGUUGCCGUUUCAGCUUCCGCUACGUCACCAAACGGCACCGUUUUGAAGAGGAAGAGGCCUGCUAGGCUUGAUAUACCUGUUAGCUCCUUGGCCUUUGGGAUUCCGCCCACACCCUCUGUUGCGCCGCCGCGUGAUGUUGUGGAGGAGGAGCGUGAUGCCUUCUCUGUUUAUUGCAAGAGAGGGAGGAGGGAGUACAUGGAAGAUCGCUACUCCGCAGCUGAUAACCUACGCGGCCAACAAAAACUGGCAUUUUUUGGAAUUUUCGAUGGGCACGGUGGUGCAAAAGCUGCCGAAUUUGUGGCAAAUAACUUAGAAAAGAAUGUGUUAGAUGAAGUGAUUCUUAGCGAAGAAGAAGAUAGCAUUGAGGAGGCUGUGAAGCGCGGUUAUCUCAAGACUGAUUCUGCUUUCUUGAAAAGUGAUCUCCAUGGCGGAUCUUGCUGUGUCACCGCUUUGAUUCGCAAUGGUAACCUUGCUGUGUCCAAUGCCGGCGAUUGCCGCGCCGUUAUAAGCAGAGGAGGGGUUGCUGAGGCCCUCACUUCCGAUCACCGCCCUUCCCGGGAAGAUGAAAGGGAAAGAAUUGAGACUCUGGGUGGCUAUGUUGAUCUGUGCCGCGGAGUUUGGAGGAUCCAAGGAUCCCUUGCUGUGUCGAGGGGAAUCGGCGAUAGGCACCUAAAACAAUGGGUGAUCGCGGAACCCGAGACCAAAGUUAUCAGGAUCGAACCUGAACAUGACUUGUUAAUCUUAGCUUCAGAUGGAUUAUGGGAUAAGGUUAGUAACCAAGAAGCAGUAGACAUCGCUCGACCUCUUUGCGUAGGUAGCAGCAAGCCGCAGCCAUUGCUGGCAUGUAAAAAGCUUGUAGAUUUGUCCGUUUCCCGCGGCUCCAUGGAUGAUACAAGUGUUAUGCUUAUCAUGCUUGGCCGCUACAUUUGAACUUUGAAGAAGAAGAAGAAGAAGAGAGAAGAAUGGGGAUACCCUGAUGAAUAGAAGAGUAGCUUUGAUUCUUUUCUGUAUAUACCUGAUGAUGACAUUUACUACAAAAUUUUUCGCACCCUUAGACAGGCAGAGAAAUUAACAAAAUGACAUUAGCAUUUUUUAUUUUUUAUUUUUUAUUGUUUCACCCUAGAAUGAUAAUUUUGAUGUAAUAAGCAUUCUUUAUACUUACUUCAUUUAAUGGCAAUUCAAUUCAUUUUUCCAAGUUGGAACUUGGAAGUGAUC